AGAUAAAAAGGUGAUACCACAGCAGAACGACAUUCUGUUUUGCAAGCAUCAUUUCCUAGACGACUUGGAGGAACGAGCGAUUUUGUGUUGUCUUUUUGCCGCUUCCGUUUUGUUUUCUAGAACCAUGGAAAGUCCCAGGCUGUGGAUGAGAGUCGCGAUCUGCGUGGUUUUGCUGUUCUUUGAAUGCAGUGCUGAAACUGGGGACUUUGACAAAAGAGCUCUGACUGAUUUAUAUCCCAAAGACCCUAACCUUACCAACGAGAAGGAGCUUCUGGGAGCUUUGCAAGAAGUGCUUGAAAAACUACAGAGUAAGCGAGUGCCUGCAUGGGAAAAGAAAUUUGGCCAAGUUCCGACGUGCGACGUGGGGGAACAAUGUGCUGUCAGAAAAGGAGCUAGAAUCGGCAAACUGUGUGACUGUCCCAGGGGUGCAAUUUGUAACUUCUUCCUUCUGAAGUGUUUGUGAAGAACCAAGCCAAAUCUGAAAAGUCCGUUGUAACAAUUGUAUAAAAAAAAAAACUAAAAAGAAAAGAUGGACACGGAUUAACUCGUGACUUUUUUCUUCCUUUUUUUCCCCCAAAGUUUCUCUUUUUUUCUUUUUCACUUUUGUGAGAACAAACAGCAACCAUGUCGGACAUUAGAAAUUAUAACGUUAUUUUCCACAGACCCCCAAGUAGCUGAAUUCAUUUUCAUUCAUAAAAUCAGAUGAUAAUCUCUGUGAAAUUAUUUUAUAUUGUGAGCAAUGUGUUUUAUUCAAAAUGAGAUUAUUUUUUAAAUCCAGCAUUGAAAUAAUUCAUAUUGAAAGAAAGCUUGUUUCCUUCCUGCAUCUAAUGGUUUGAUGUCACAUUCACAUUUUCAUAUCCUAAUAAAACAGUCAUUUUUA